GUAUAAAUAGAGCUCAUUAGCUGAAGCCAAAAUCAGUUUCGAAAGCAACAGCUUAAACUACAACAUGAAUCCUACCAUUUUCCUCGGUUGCCUGGUGGUUUUGUCAGGAUGUCUUCUAGGAGGAGUAGAUGCCCAAAGCGAUGAUGAAUUCGCCACUGAAAAACAACGCUUAUUCCAGGUGUAUGGGGAUUCUACGGUGGAUGAAGCCACUAGAUACAGGAAUGUCGCCGAUCUAGUCACUUUCUUCGACAAGUACUCCUCUCGCCUAUCCUUGUCACCCAAUUUACAACAACGAACCCAAGAUCUUUUGAGGAGGUACAAGGAAGAAGAGUCCCGUGCUGUUACGGUGGAUGGGAUUCCCGCUCAAGGAGGAUUCUGGUUGCCUCUGCUGAAGCUUCUCAUUGUGCAGCUGGGCGUUGAACUCGCCUCCGAGGGAUUCAAGCGUGCUGUAGCAUCCUAAACCUUAAUUGAGAUAACCGAAACUAUAUAUUCGGUGUUUAUUAAAUAACAGAUAAUAAAAACAUAAAACAAAGACAUUUUAUGAACAUAAUA